GGCCCCACUACCUGUUCCACUCAAGCUCCUUGCUCUCGAAGAACACCAAAGAACCUCAACAAUUUCACUGCAAGAUAAAGAUGGCCAAGUCGAUCCUCGCAUUCCUGUGCAUCGCUGUCAUCGUCGCAGAAACUGUCCUCGCACAGCCGGUCCAAGUUGCGGACAGUCCGCUGGUGGUCGCGGAUGAAGCAGAAGCUCCCGCGCUCGUAGUCGACGAGUUGUCUGUACACGAAUUUUCUUUAGACGAAUUUCCAGCACUUCGGCAGUUCCUGGAUGAAACAGCAGUGGACGACCAGAAAGAUUUCGGAGUGCAAGAAGACCCAAACCGGAGAAGGCGCAUUGUGUGCCGACCUAUUCCAAAUAGACCCUUGUGGUUAAAAGCAUGCAAGUGGGUAUGACAAGCGAAGUGAAUACACUGAACUCGGGGGCUGAGAAGAGAACCUGAGGACGCUCCAAGCUGUGCAGCGUGCUCACGCUACGGAUUGUUCCAUCAACAGAAGAAUAAAUAAAAAAUUUUAAGAUAAAGUGCAAUAAUAUAAACAUUGG